AUGACUGGCCUCCAUGACAAGCGCGCCACCAGCGAGUCCCGGAGAUCCAAGCGCCCUGAGCGGUCCAGGCCGGAGGCGAAGGUGGCGGAGCCUCCGGCACGCCGGGCCAAGCGCGCCGAGGGCCAUGUUCCUCUGCGCAAGCGCGAGUCUGCGAGGGUCGGGCGACCACCCCACCCCCUGGACUCGGAGGGUGUGACUGCGGAGCCUCGUCCAGCACGCCGCGACGAGCGAUCAUCCUCACCCCUUUGCGGCGAUGGGGGCACGGAGGAAAUCACCAUGGCUCCUCCACCACGCCGCGCCAAGCGCGAGGACUCCCCUGACUCGCCUCGCACCGCCUACGUGCUCCGCAACCGCCGAGUCCCGGAUGCCGGCGACCCCAAGCCCACCCCCCCUCCGUGCUUCGAGAAAAGGGAAAUUAAGCUGGAUCAGCCACGCUUAUCCAAGAGGCAACUUAAGCGAGCUGAACUUUGGAAUGCCCCAGCAUGUGCGCGCAAGGGUUUGGAACGCUACAACGGCAUGAAUCAGGGGGAUGAGUAUGAGCUGGUUGAAGCAGUGGGCGUCAAAAGCUUUUGCUACUGUGGUCCGUGGCUGCAUGCAAAUUUUCUUGCUAGGCAUAAAGGUGCCAGUAGCUGUGAUGAUCUUGUUCCCAAGCACUUCUUUGCUGAGCUGAGGAUCGAUGCAGAUGGUCUGUCGUGUGUUUCAUGCUUCAAGUUCGACUCAGUUGACUGGAAGAACUUUGGCGGAUGUGGAGUUUGCCCGGCAACAUUUGUCCAUCCCGCUGGUGGUGGGUACAUUGGUGCACUGCCUGAACGACGUCUUCAGCCUGCUCCCACUGGUCUACAAAUAUCGUUUAGCUUUUGA